GAGCUGCUUCUCGCCCGGAGACUAAUUAGAGUCACUCCGCUAUAUAGGCUGGCUUCAGGCAAGCUCUUACACACUUAUAAGUGUGAUCUGAGAAGCUAUUGCUUGGAGCUGAACGGGGAAAAUUGUGCGAGCUACUUUUUUUUGGUGCUGUUUAAUUUAUGUAUGUAGCCACCAUGUACAGGAGUAAUUCUGCUGCUGUCAAGCGCAAUGCUAAUCAAGAAAAUCAACAUCUUGUCCCGCAGAUGGGCCCAGUUAGCCAAAAGCAAAGGACUGUUUUAGGGGUGCUAAAUGAGAAUGACCAGCAGAGGCGUUUACUUUCUCAGGUUUCCGCGAAAGCUUGCGGCACAGUUGCAGUGGGGACUGACGAUGGGUUCACUUCGGCGAAGGGCUGCAGCACUCUCCCGGAAUGUCCGGCUACUUUUGUGUCCAACCCGAACUUCAACAUUUAUAUGGAGGAUGAAGUCCAAGAUGAAGUCGAAGUCUCUGAAUGUAACGUGACCUCUGAACUGGAAUCUAAACUUGGAGAAGUUGGCAAUAUCUCCAAACCAGUAGACGACUAUUGUCUGUUCUUGGAUCUGAGUGAAGUCUCGCCUAUGCUAGUAGAUUCAUCAAUGCGCUCGCAGCGUUCACAUGAAGAUUCGCAUCUACACGUAGAUUACCUCGCCGUGGAAGGAUAUGCAGAAGACAUUUAUCGGUACCUCCGAGAGGCCGAAGAGAAAUGCAGACCGAAAUUUGGGUACAUGAAGAAGCAGCCAGAUAUAACGCACAGUAUGCGCUCAAUUCUCGUGGAUUGGCUGGUUGAAGUUGGUGAGGAGUACAACCUACAAACUGAGACGUUGUACUUAGCAAUAAAUUACCUGGACAGAUUCCUGUCGUGUAUGUCAGUCCUGAGGGGAAAGCUGCAACUGGUGGGCACAGCAGCUAUGCUGAUAGCAUCGAAAUACGAAGAAAUCUAUCCCCCCGAAAUAGAUGAGUUUGUCUACAUAACAGAUGACACCUACACAAAAAAACAACUCUUGCGCAUGGAGCAUCUCCUACUCAAGGUGUUGAGCUUUGACAUGACUGUUCCAACAGUUAACCAGUUCCUAACGCAGUUUUUGAAGGAGGAAGGGAUCGAUGGACAAAUGGUUGGAGUUCGACUCGGAAAUUCCGAGAUUUGGAAGAUUCUCAACAAGAGGCAAUUCAUUUGGUACAUAGCUGAGCUGAGUCUAUUAGAAGCUGAUGUAUGUCUGAAGUAUGCACCCUCACUAAUGGCAGCAGCUGCAUAUUGCUUGGCAAACUACACAAUCAACAAUGCAUUUUGGCCUCAGUCUCUCGCUACAUUUAGCGGAUACUCAUUGGUGGAUAUUGUACCUUGCCUGCAUGAUAUGCACAAGACCUUUCUCCAAGCCAAACUGCAACCACAACAAGCCAUUAAGGAAAAAUACAGGAGCUCCAAGUAUCUGAGAAUUUCUCUCAUUGAGCCUCCAGCAACCUUGCCUCUGCAUGUGCUGAUUUCAAGUGCCAUUCAAGGAUGAAAAUUGAACACAUCAUAUUAAAAGUACAGCACUAACACUAUGAAGGACUGAACUGGUCACAAACACUUGAAGGACUGCUGCUAACCAACUCCAUGGCUGACUGCAGUUGGACUGUGACCCUGUUUUAACUUUUUAAGGUGCAAUUUUAAGCUACAGUAUUAAAUUUUAGACUUUAUUUAUAAGGAAUUCAAAAAUUAACUUUGUAAGCUCAGGUAGUGACGGCUCAAAUGCCAUGUACUGAUUCAGGAACCAUUUUAAAUGCUAUUUGCAUUUAUCACUGACAUUAUG